AUGUCGACAUCAACUCCAUCUUCGCCAUUCACACAUCAGUCCAAGCAACAAUCACACAACAACAAUGGUGUGAGUCCUCUCAUGUUGGGCCGCAGCAGUAGUAAUAGUAGCCAGAGUCUCCAACCGAGCAAGAAGUCAAUGUCCAUGAGCCCAAUGUCUUCCUCAUCCUCUUCGACAACCUCUUCUUCCCGGUCGUCGUCAUCAACUUCUUCCUCGACCUCGACCUUGCCAUCAAGUCAAUGUAGGAUACCUCGUUGUGUUGUUUGUAUUAGAGGUGCCCCUGUGUCCUUUGAGAAGAGCACACCUAUUUGGUCACAGAUACUGCACGUCGUGCUCUAUGCCUUGGCCGAGGCGGCCAAGUACAGCAACACACACCGUGCCAACUCUGAUCUGGCCACUGGCAAGCGAUACUUCCAUCUUCGUGAUGACAUCUAUGACUUUAUCAACAUACACUGGGACAUUAUAUGUAGGAGAGAGAAGAUACCUCAUUGGAAGCAUACCAUCGGAAUGACAUUGUCACACUAUUCCAACUUGUUCCAGAAUGGAUACCAGAUAUUCCAAAACACUGGAUAUUGGUGUCUGAAGGAUACAUCGAUUGAUCCAUAUAAUUUGGACGAGAAUGAUAACAAGAGAAGGAGAGUCAACAAGACUGACUCACCGUCGUUAUCCUCUCCAUCAUUGUCCUCGCCGUCGUUGACCUCAUCGUCAACAGCAUCUUCAGCCUUGUCCUCUGCAUCAACUGCCUCGAUUACCUCCUCUCCAUCAUCCUCCUUUCCCUUUUCCAUCCAUAGGAAGCCCAGGGACAACCAGCCACGUCACUUCCCUAACAAGUACCUACCCACGACAACAAACAACAUGAACAACAACAACAACAACUUGUUAUGA